AUGUUAAAAAUAGAGGAAUAAAAUUACUCAAGACAAUUAAUCAAGUAGGACAAAGAACUAUCAUAAUUUAUAAAAUAUCUGGAGCUACAAAAUGAUGUAACUGAAAAAAACAAAGAGAAAGAAUUUAGAAUGAAACAGAAAGAAUCAAUCAUACUUGGUUAAAGGUCAGAAAUGAAAUAGGCACGUGAAUUUUAAGCUCGAUUAAAGUAACUAGAAUUGUCAACAAUCAGGGAAAAAUAUGAUGAAUCUCUAACGAUGAAGAACAAAAGUCUUGAAUAGAGAUUGUUUAAUUAAGAGUAAAAGCAUCAAUAGAUUUUACAAGAAGCCAAAAUAAAAAGGGAAGAGUAAGCUACUUUAAGAAGUCUUCAUCUAAGAGACUCAGUUGAUUAGGCAAUUACAAAGGCAAAUUAAAUUCACUAAGAUAAGAUAAAUUAUUUUAACUAUUAAUAAACACGUAAGGACCAAUACUUAUCAUAAUUGCAAAGUGAAAAGAAUAUAAAAUAACUUGAAAAAUCAAUGAGUUUUUAAAUCAAAUAAGAAUUGAAUGAUUCAAAUUAUAAAAAGGCCUAAGAUAUUUUAAAUGAAAGAAUAUAUAAAACUAUGAAUAAAUUGAAUUAAAAGGAUUCAUUGUCAUAGCAAAUUUAAAUAGAAAAUGAGAGGAAAUUAAACAACAAAUUAUUUUCUCAAAAAGCAUCCUUAGAAAAUGGAUUAUCAAAUGCAGAUUAUGCAAAGGCAAGGUUUGAAUAGAAUUUGAAUAUGAAAAAAUCUAUGACUGAAUAUAAAAUGAAUAAGUUAGAUUAAAUGAUAAGGGAGAAGCAGUUGUUGUAGCAAUAGGAAAGGGAAAUAAGAGUAAUGGUCGACAAGAGGAAGAACUAGUUGAAAGAGGAAUUUGAUAGAAAAAUGAACUUGCUUCAAAAAUAAAAAUAUUGA